UCUUUGGUAAUGCCGAACUCCUCCGAACUCUUUGGUAAUGCCGAACUCAUACUCUUCCUUGGGCUUCGGGCUGAUGGGCCGUCAUUGCUGUUGGGCUUGUUUAGUACGCACCCCAUCAGUUACAAAUCUGUUGUGGUUUCUGAUCACUGUAUAUUAAUUGUUGAAAUGUUCAGCAUUUGUACGAAUGGACUUAUAUUUGCUCAGAAUCAUCUAAGAUCGUGAUCGUAAAUGCAGAAAACUUUUCGAUCAGCAUUUAUGAAAUUCACUUUGAAUCUGAAUCGUCGACCAGGUGUUUGUUUGAUCUUAAUUCUCUUUGAAUAGUUGAUCAUCAAAUUUUCUCAGAAUUCCUGUAUUUUAGAAUGUGAUUGCUCCAGAACAAUGAGCAUUAUCUAGAAAAGCUCAUGCUAAUACUCUGAAGAAUGAAUGAAUGCUGGUACUUUGUUUAAUUUAGGACUGGGGACGGAUGAGGAGGCGAUAGUCAAAAUUCUAGCGCACAGGAAUGCAACACAGCGAAGGUUGAUUCGUGAAGCAUAUACUGCAGCUUAUGGAGAAGACCUUCUUAAAGACAUGGAGAAGGAAAUUUCUGGCGAUUUUCUGCGUGCACUAGCUGUGUGGACACUCGACCCAGCUGAACGAGAUGCACGACUAGCUAACGAGGCUACAAAGAUGCUUACUGCUAACAAUUAUGUGCUCUUGGAAAUCGGUUGCACCAGGUCUUCAUAUCAUCAUUUUAAAGUCAGGGAGACAUAUCAUCUCCUUCACAAGAAAUCUCUCGAAGAAGAUGUUGCACAUCACACCAGUGGAGAUUACCGGAAACUUCUGGUUCCUCUUGUGAGUGCCUUUCGAUAUGAGGGAGGUGAGACGAACUUGACAUUGGCAAAAUCGGAGGCUAAGAUACUGCAUGAGAAGAUAACUGGAAAGGCCUACGGUGAUGAUGAGAUAAUACGGAUUCUGACAACAAGGAGCAAACCACAGCUUAAUGCAACACUUAACCAGUACAAUGAUGCAUUUGGAAAUCCUAUCAAUAAGGAUUUGAAAUCAGAUCCUAACGAUGAGUACUUGAGGUUCCUCAGAGCAACGAUUAAAUGCUUGACCUCUCCCGAGAAGUACUUUGAGAAAGUGCUUCGCGUUGCAAUCAAGGGGGCUGGCACGGACGAGAAUGCUCUGACUCGGGUUGUGGUUACUCAAGCUGAGGUUAACCUGCACCGGAUCAAAGAAGAGUACCUCAAACGCAACAGUAUUCCUCUGGAGCAGGCGAUAGCUGGAGACACCUCCGGUGAAUACAAGAAAGUCUUGGACGCAUUGCUCGGAAAGGAAGAUUGAAGCGUGUAAGAAUGAAAUCAAAGUGCUUUUGUGUGUGAUGGUGAGUUUGUUCCGUCUCUUGAGAGAUUUGUUUGAAGACAUGAUUGGGGUUCUGUUUAAUGUUUCUUUCACUGAAUUUAAUGGUUUUUGGUUGCUUUACCCUAUCACGUUGUUGAAUGGAUUCAAUCAAAGUUCACUCUUGUAUAUAUUUGUAUAACAAGAAAAUGGUUGAAUCAUAUUUAAAAACUAUGCCAAAGUAUCAAA